AUGGACGCCGCCACCCCCGUCUCCAUCCGCCUCCGCCGCUCCACGCCCACGCACGACGCCUACACCGUCCGCCUCGCCAACCACCGCUUCGCCGCCCUCGCCACUGCACGCCCCGCCGACGCGCGCCGCUGGGUCACCACCACCCGCUGGCUCCACGCUGGCCUCCUCCGCCGCGGCCGCCUCGUCGUCGGCCUCGGCGUCCAGUGGACCCCGACCCGACGGCCCCUCCAUGGCGCACCCCCACCUCCCGCCACCCUGCAGCUCUGCGUCGGCCACCGCUGCCUCGUCUUCCACAUCGCCCAGGCCGACGCCAUCCCGGAGACUCUGCGACGCUUCCUCGCCGACCCGCGGGUCGCCUUCGUCGGCUCGGGGUCCGCCAACGACCGCCGCAUGCUGUGGGUCCACUACGGCAUCCACGUCGCGUCCGGGCGCGAGCUGCGCGCCAUGGCUGGCAUCGGGAACGCCUCGAUGGAGGAGAUGGCCGAUCGAUUCCUCGGGUACCCCGGGAUCGAGAAGCCCUGGGACGUCGCCAUGAGCGCCUGGCACGUGCCCCGCCUCUCGAUGGAGCAGGUCGAGUACGCCUGCGUCGACGCCUACCUCGCCUUCCGCCUCGGCGUCCACCUCUGCCCUGCCGGCGCGGCCGGUCGCCAGCCCCAGCUCGUCCGCGAGGCGCCUCCCGCCCAGCGCGCUCCCGUCCUCGUCCGCCAGCGCCCGGCUCCUCCCGCCGCGCGCGCUCCAGCGGUCAACUAUGCGGUGCCUUCUCCUCAGGCGUUCUGCACGGUGCCUCGCGUCGAGUGCUCUCCUCGGGCGUUCUGUGGAGUGGCAGCCGUGGGUGUCAACGCGGCCAACAGCAGCAGCAAGGUCGUGGACACUCGCGCCAGCAUCACUAGAUCGGACACGGACGCCGAGACGGACUACGACGGUGACGUGGGCGACACUGCUACCCAUGGUCUGCCCAUUCGAGCUUACGCUUCAGAUUCAGACGACGAUGACUUCUCUUCGGAUGGGUUCGAGCACGUCAGGUUCGGAGUGUUCACGGACGAGGAGGAAGACGAGGAUGAUGGUGUGAACUACUACGUCGGGGCUGGACCUCUCGGUGUCGAUGACGUCAACGGCAAUGGGGAUGAUCAGGAGGAUGAGGACGACUACACGGGGUACACCGGCAUCGGAAUGCUCAGUGUGGACGUCCACGAUGAGGAAGGCAACAAGGAGUACACUGAGAUCGGAAUUCUCACUGCUGACAACAAUAGGGAUGGGUCUGAAGAGUUCGUCGUCGACGGGGUGGCCACUGCCAAUGUCGAGGAAGAGGUUGAUGGUGACUAUCAAGCAUUCCAGUACCUUGGCCACAGCGAUGCGGUGUUCGACCACGGGGAGGACGAUGUGCAUGGACAAGAUGAUUGGUAUGAUCAGGAGGACUAUGGGAUUGAUCAGGACGACGACGACGGGCUCGAAGAGUUCUACUUGCUUUGA